GGUAAAGAAAGUUGGGAGAGCGGCUUGGAAGGAAGCUCCCAGAGAACAAAACACAGGCCAAAGUCUCAGGCCAAGGUGACUCACACUCAGGUCAUGCUGUUGUCGGUUAAUUCAGCUGGCCCUGCCAGGUGAUCAUGCCUACCCUUGGCCCAGCUCUUCUUCAAGUGCUCUGGGCUGGGUACGUCCUUACCCUCCACCUCCCUCCACCAGCUGCUUUUACUCCCAAUGGCACACAGCUGCAACAUCUGGCCAGGGACCCCGCUUCAGGUACCCUCUAUGUGGGGGGCACCAACUUCCUGUUCGCGCUGAGCCCUGGGUUGCAGCUGGAAGCCAUGGUGGCCACGGGUCCUGUGGAUGACAGCCGGGAUUGCCUGCCACCUGUCUUGCCAGAUGAGUGUCCCCAGGCCCAGCCAACCAACAACCCCAACCAGCUGCUCCUGGUGAGCCCAGGAGCUCUGGUGGUCUGUGGGAGCGUCCACCAGGGGGUUUGUGAACUGCGGACUUUGGGGCAGCUUCAGCAGCUCCUGAGGUUGGACCGGCCUGGAGAUACACAAUACGUAGCUGCCAACGAUCCCGAGGUCACCACUGUGGGUGUGGUGGCCCAGAAUUCAGCAGGGGAGCCUCUUCUAUUUGUGGGGCGGGGUUAUACCAGCAGGGGUGUCGGGGGUGGCAUUCCACCCAUCACAACCCGCACCCUGCGACCCCCGGACCCCCAGUCUGCCUUCUCCUAUGAAGAGACAGCCAAGCUCGCCGUGGGCCGCCUCUCGGAGUACAGCCACCACUUCGUGAGCGCCUUCACGCGUGGGGCCAGCGCCUACUUCCUGUUCCUGCGACGCGAUCUCAAGACCCCAUCGAGGGCCUUCCGGGCCUACGUGUCACGCAUGUGUCUCUGUGACCAGCACUAUUACUCCUACGUGGAGUUGCCCUUGGAUUGCCAGGGUGGCCGCUAUGGUCUGAUCCAGGCCGCCGCCCUGGCCACCUCCGGGGAUGUGCUGUUCGCGGCUUUCUCCUCCGUGGCUCCCCCGACUGUGGACUGGCCCCUGCCCGAAGCUCCCAGGGCCCCGCACACAUCUGUGCUCUGUACCUCCCCCCUGGAUGAAGUCGACCGCCUGGCCAACGACACCCGUGAUGCCUGUUAUAUGCGAGAAGGCCGGGCUGAGAACGGGACCAAAGUGGCCUACAUUGCCUACGACGUCAUUUCCGACUGCGCGCAGCUGCCAGUGGACACACCAGAUGCUUUUCCCUGUGGCUCAGACCAUACACCCAGCCCCAUGGCUAGCCUGAUCCCGUUGGAAGCCACGCCAAUUCUAGAAUUGCCAGGGGUUCAGCUAACAGCUGUAGCAGUCACCAUGGAAAACGGACAUGCCAUCGCUUUUCUGGGUGACACUCAGGGGCAACUGCACAGGGUCUACUUGGGCCCUGGGAACAAUGUCAACCUUUACUCUAAAGAGAGCAUCCAGCCUGGGUCUGCGGUGAACAGAGAUCUUACCUUUGAUGGGACCUUCGAGAACCUGUAUGUCAUGACCCAAACUACAGUGGUGAAGGUUCCUGUGGCCCCUUGCACCCAGCACCUAAACUGUGCCGCUUGCCUUGCCCACAAGGAUCCCUAUUGUGGGUGGUGUGUGCUCCUGGGAAGGUGCACUCGCCAUUCUGAAUGUUCCAGGGGCCAGGGCCCAGAGCAGUGGCUUUGGAGCUUCCAGCCUGAGCUGGGCUGUCUGCGAGUAGAUGCUCUCAGUCCUGCCAACAUCAGCCGAGAGGAGAGGAGGGAGGUUUUCCUGUCAAUCCCAGAUCUGCCACCUCUGUGGCCCGGGGAGUCAUAUUCCUGCCAUUUUGGGGAUCAUCAGAGUCCUGCCCUGCUGACCGGUUCCGGCGUGAUGUGUCCUUCCCCAGAUCCUAGUAAUACUCCGGUGCUGCCCAGAGGAGCCGACCACGUCUCUGUGGAUGUGGAACUCCGGUUUGGCAAUGUGAUGAUCGCCAAAGCAUCUCUCUCCUUCUAUGAUUGUGUGGCCAUCACAGACUUCCAUCCAUCUGCACCGUGCCAGGCCUGCGUGAGCAGCCACUGGGGUUGUAAUUGGUGUGUUUGGCAACACCGAUGUACCCACAAGGCCUCUUGUGAUGCUGGACCCAUGGUUGUGAGCCAGCAGAGCCCGCUUCUCCCCCUGACCCUCCCUGCAAGAGAUACCCCCACCCCUUUGCCAUCUGUAGCCCCCAAAGCCACAGUCACCCCUAAUCCUGAUACCCGAUCUGGGGAGCCGGGGGCUCCUUCCAUAGCAACGGCUUCGGAUGCCCUACCUGCGGCCCAGCCUUCCUUGCUUAGCCUCUGGGGACCGUGGGCAGGUCCAGGCCCUCCCUUGUCUCCCACUGCCACCCAGAAGUCCCUCCCUUCCGGCCUUCCUCCCCUCCCUUCCGGCCUCCCUACUACCCAACCCGGAUCUGUCCUCCUCCCUGCCCCCACCGGCCUGGGAGUUAGGGCCAAACCUGAGGACCUCUCGGCCUCCCUCCCGUUACCCCCAGAUGCAGCGACAGUGCCCCUCGCACAGCCCGUGCCCCCCACAGUGGCCCUGGACCUGCCCCCUGCCACCGCUCCCGCCACCAUUUUCCCAGGGGCCGCUGGCUCCACCAAGGCCGUGCCGGAUCCGCUCAUGAGAGGAGGCGACGCAGCGGCCAACGCGGACGAGUGGACGGGGGGUGACCCUCCCGCCUUCUCCACUUCCACCCUCCUCUCAGGUGACGGAGACUCCACAGAGCACGAGGACCCUCCCGCCCCCCUCAUCCUCCUGUCCAGCCUCGGCUACCAGUACGACACCCCCGGGCUCUGGGAGCUGGAAGAGGCAAAUGAGAGGGUGAGCUCGUGUCCGUGCGUGGAGCGUGUCCAUGGCUCUGUGCUCAUGCCCGUGUCUGUGGAACGCGAAAUCCAGCUGGAGGGCCGGAACCUGCAUCUCCUCCAGGGUAGCCCAGGAGGUAGUAGUGAGUGUGUAAUGGAACUGGAGGGCCUCACGGUAGCAGUAGAAGCACGAGUCCAGUGUGAGCCGCUUCCGCAUACCGUGUGUCACAUCACGUGCCAGCAGCAUCAGCUCAACUAUAAGGCUGUGCAGCCGGAGCUCCAGGUGGGGCUGUUUCUGCGUUGGGCCGGCCGUCUGCGGGUAGACAGUGCAGAGGGUCUGCAUGUGAUCUUGUACGACUGUUCGGUCGGCCACGGGGACUGCAGCCGCUGCCAGACUGCUAUGCCCCAGUAUGGCUGUGUGUGGUGUGAAGGGGACCAUCCACGUUGCGUGGCCAAGGAGGCCUGUAACAAUGCCGAGGCUGUGGCCACCCAGUGUCCCGCGCCCCUCAUCCACUCGGUGAACCCACUGACUGGGCCUAUCGAGGGGGGUACUCGUGUCACCAUCAGAGGUUCCAAUCUGGGCCAACAUGUACAGGAUGUGCUGGACAGGGUCUGGGUGGCCGGAGUGCCCUGUUCUGUGGAUGUCCAGGGGUAUGAGGUGUCCAGCAGUCUUGUGUGUAUCACUGGAGCCAGUGGAGAAGAGGUAGCGGGUACUGUGACCGUGGAGGUGUCAGGAAGAGGCCGGGGUGUCUCAGAGCUCAACUUUGCCUACCAGGACCCAAAGGUGCAGUCCAUCUUCCCGGUCCGCGGCCCCAAAGCCGGGGGCACCCGCCUCACCCUGCAUGGGUCUAACCUUCUGUCUGGUCGGCUGGAGGACAUCCGCGUGGUGAUUGGAGAGCAGUCUUGUCAUUUGCUGCUCGAACAAGAGGCAGAGCAGCUGCGGUGCCAAACCACCCCAAACCCCACGCCUGCCCUGCUCCCCGUCUCUGUGUGGUUUGGGGCCACGGAGCGGAAGCUUCAGCAUGGCCAGUUCAAGUACACAUCAGACCCCAACGUCACUUCCGCUGGCCCCAGCAAAAGCUUCCUCAGUGGAGGACGUAAGAUCUGGGUUCAUGGCCAGAAUCUGGAUGUCGUACAGACGCCAAGAAUCCGGGUGACUAUGGUCCCCCCAAGAGGGCUGCAGCCCGGCCAAGGGCUUGGACGGAAGCGCCGUGUGGUCCCAGAGGCGGAGUGCUCCCCUGGAACAUUCUGCAGUCAUAAGUUUGAGGAGCCAUGCCUGGUGAACUCUUCCCAGCUCAUUGUGUGCCGCACACCCGCCCUCCCCAGCCUGCCCGAGAACCCCUGGGUCCAGGUGGAGUUUAUUUUCGACAACCUGCUCUUUGACUUCGCUACGCUGAGCCCCACACCUUUCUCCUAUGAGGCUGACCCCACCCUGCAGCCCCUCAACCCUGAGGACCCCACGACACCGUUCCGGCACAAACCUGGCAGUGUGUUCUCCGUGGAGGGGGAGAAUCUGGACCUGGCCAUGUCCAAGGAGGAGGUAGUGGCCAUGAUAGGAGACGGCUCCUGUGUGGUGAAGACCCUGACCCGACACCACCUUUACUGCGAGCCCCCAACCCAGCAGCCUCUUCCCCGGCACCACGCCCUCAGGGAGUCGCCUGAUGAGCUGCCCGAGUUCACGGUGCAGAUGGGGAAUCUGCGCUUCUCCCUGGGUCACGUGCAGUACGAUGGCGAGAGCCCCGUGGCUUUUCCCGUGGCCGCCCAGGUGGGCUUGGGGGUGGGCGCGUCUCUCCUGGCUCUGGGUGUCGUCAUCAUUGUCCUCAUGUACAGGCGGAAGAGCAAGCAGGCCCUGAGGGACUAUAAGAAGGUUCAGAUCCAGUUGGAGAAUCUGGAGAGCAGCGUGCGGGAUCGAUGCAAGAAGGAGUUCACAGACCUGAUGACCGAGAUGACGGAUCUCACCAGUGACCUGCUGGGCAGUGGCAUCCCAUUCCUUGACUACAAGGUGUACGCUGAACGUGUCUUCUUCCCCGGGCACCAGGAAUCGCCCUUACACCGGGACCUGGGUGUGCCAGAGUGCAGGCGGCCCACGGUGGAACAAGGCCUGGGGCAGCUCUCCAACCUGCUCAACAGCAAGCUUUUCCUCACCAAGUUCAUCCACACACUGGAGAGUCAGCGCACCUUCUCCGCUCGGGACCGUGCCUACGUGGCCUCUCUGCUCACCGUCUCCCUGCACGGGAAGCUGGAAUACUUCACCGACAUCCUCCGCACUUUGCUCAGUGAUCUGGUCACCCAGUACGUGGCCAAGAACCCCAAGCUGAUGUUACGCAGGACAGAGACGGUGGUGGAAAAGCUGCUCACCAACUGGAUGUCCAUCUGUCUCUACACCUUCGUGAGGGACUCAGUAGGGGAACCGCUGUAUAUGCUCUUCCGGGGUAUUAAGCAUCAAGUGGACAAAGGACCCGUGGACAGUGUGACUGGCAAAGCCAAGUACACCCUGAAUGAUAAUCGUCUGCUCCGAGAGGACGUGGAGUACCGGCCCCUGACCUUGAAUGCGCUGUUGGCUGUGGGGCCUGGGGCAGGAGAGGCCCAGUGUGUGCCGGUGAAGGUUCUAGACUGUGACACCAUCUCGCAAGCCAAAGAGAAGAUGCUGGACCAGCUUUGUAAAGGAUUGCCUCUUGCCCAGCGCCCAGAUCCUCGCACCCUGGAUGUUGAAUGGCGAUCGGGCUUGGCCGGCCAUCUCAUCCUGUCUGACGAGGAUGUCACUUCUGAGGUCCAGGGUCUGUGGAGACGCCUCAACACCCUGCAGCAUUACAAGGUGCCAGAUGGAGCGACUGUGGCACUUGUUCCCUGCCUCACCAAGCAUGUCCUCCGAGAAAACCAGGAUUACGUCCCUGGAGAAAGGACCCCAAUGCUGGAAGAUGUGGACGAGGGAGGCAUCCGGCCCUGGCACCUGGUGAAGCCAACUGAGGAACCUGAACCUCCCAGGCCCAGGAGAGGCAGCCUCCGGGGCGGAGAGCGGGAGCGAGCCAAGGCUAUCCCUGAGAUCUACCUGACCCGCCUACUGUCCAUGAAGGGCACCCUGCAGAAGUUCGUGGAUGACCUAUUCCAGGUGAUCCUCAGCACCAGCCGCCCGGUGCCUCUGGCGGUCAAGUAUUUCUUCGACCUGCUGGACGAGCAGGCCCACCAGCAUGGCAUCUCUGACCAGGACACUAUCCACAUCUGGAAAACCAACAGUUUACCGCUGAGGUUCUGGAUCAAUAUCAUCAAAAACCCACAGUUCGUGUUCGAUGUACAGACGUCAGAUAACAUGGACGCCGUGCUCCUGGUCAUCGCCCAGACCUUCAUGGAUGCUUGCACCCUGGCUGAUCACAAGCUGGGCCGGGAUUCCCCCAUCAACAAGCUUCUCUACGCACGGGAUAUUCCCAGAUACAAGCAGAUGGUGGAGAGGUACUAUGCAGACAUCAGACAGACCAUCCCUGCCAGUGACCAAGAGAUGAACUCUGUCCUGGCUGAGCUGUCCCGGAACUGCUCUGGAGACCUCGGGGCACGAGUGGCCCUGCAUGAACUGUACAAGUAUAUCAACAAAUACUAUGAUCAGAUCAUCACGGCCCUGGAGGAAGAUGGUACAGCCCAGAAGAUGCAGCUGGGCUACCGACUCCAACAGAUUGCAGCAGCUGUGGAAAACAAGGUCACAGACCUAUAAAAAGCGACCCCAGGACACAACGCCCUGGUCUGCCGGGGCCUCGUGCCUCUCUGGGCGGCCUCAGCGUCGAGAGAGAGAAAAACCGCCACCUUCUUAGACGCCUGUAGUGACUGACAAAGCAGAGUUAGUGGAAGGUGGCUGCGUGUCUGUGGGGUAGCUUUGCCCCUCUCCCCAACCUGACAAGACCUGGGGGCUUUAAAAACUCAUGGCGGUGGGGUUCAGGGCCGGGGCAGGAAUAGCCCUGAGGGCUACUUCCUGGAGGGAUAUCAGGCUGAAAGGAGCUGGGAGGGGGGAGGGUUCUAGAAUGGCUGGAAGGGCCUCCAGACCCCUGGGGAUUGGGGGGGUGGGGGGGAAGGGGAGUCUGAAUUUGUUCCUGAGCACUAGUUUGGUUUUUUUUACUUUUGUUCCAUCAGAGGAAGGCAAUGAGCCCUUCCUCCCCAGCUUCUCCCCUGGUCCUCGAUCUAGCACCCUGCUGUCCUGUCCAAAGUCAGGGAGAUAAUGUCUUAUCUAGGCAAUUUGCCCUCCCCCCCCCCACCCUCGAUUCCCUGCCUCCCAGGGAGCCAGGGUUGAGGGGUGCCUGUUGCAGGGGAUUCUGGGUAGAAGGGGGGGUAGCCCAUGGACCCAGCUCUUCAUUAAAAGAUAACACACUG